AUGACCAUACGGACCAUGGUCCGUAUGGUCCGUUUACAGUCACCUGCAGUUAUACAGAAUAACAGAAGUGUCUUGGAAAUGUUGGAAAAUGAUGUGACGAUGUCAAGUGAUGUAGAAGAGAAGGAUGUUGACCUUAUAGCAAUAGAUAAACCUCAACGUCGUAAUGUGAGAAAGAAAACUUAUACAAUAAAUGAAUUAAAACAAGCGGUCGAAGCAGUUCGAGAAGGUCGAAUGAAUUCAAAAGAGGCUGGUUUAAAAUUUAACGUUCCUGAUAGUACCAUACGUCAUCAUACAAAUAAUCAUUAUUCAAAAAUAGGCGCAGGACGAAAGACAUAUUUGAGUAGGGAACAAGAAGAAUAUUUGAUAUCAUUAAUUAAGAGUCUAGAAGAUUUUGGCCAUAAAUGUACGAAUGAAUUAGUUAUGAAAUUAUGUGGUGAUUAUAUGCAGUUAUUGGGUGUUAAACCAAUUAAAUUGAGUGAUGAAGAAGAGGGCAAGCCAUAUGUCCCAGGUCGCAAAUGGUUACAAAAUUUUCUCGAACGUUGGAAAAGCGAUGUUAAAUGGUUAAAACCAAGUAAAAUUGAGUCAAAUCGUUCGUAUGGUUUUACUGAAGAAGUACGCGUUGGAUGGUUUAAAAACUUAAACAGUAUUUUACAAAAAUUGAAUAUCAUGGAUAGUCCAGCUCAGAUUUUUAACUGUGAUGAAACGGGAUUCAAAGAUAAUACAGUUCAUAUUGAAAAGUUUCUCGUUAAAAAACAAACAAAACGUAUUUUUCAAGAAAUAUCAGGAGAAGGAAAAAGUUACACAACUGUUUUAACGUGUAUCGCUGCCAAUGGACUAUUAUUACCACCUUUUGUCAUCUACAAUGGACAAAAGUUGUUUGAGAGUUGGACACUCAAUGGUCCAGAUGGUGCAUCUUAUACAGUAACAAAUAAUGGACGAAUAACGACAGAGACGUUUGAAUGGUGGUUCGAAAAUAUGUUUAUACCUUUGACAUCUCACAUUAAUCGGCCGUUGCUAUUGUUAAUGGAUAAUCAUUUAUCUCAUAUUAAUGUCAAAUGUAUUGAAUUAGCAAUUCAAAAUCAAAUACAUCUCAUCUCAUUGCCGCCUAAUACUACUCAUGCACUUCAGCCGUUAGAUGUGGUGGUGUUUGGUUUGGUGAAAACACAAUGGAAACGUUUAAUAUCACAAUAUUUCAAAGCAACAAACAGAAAAAAUUUAAGAAAAUCAGACUUUCCAUUACUUUUGAAAAAGUUAUUUGAUAAUACACUAACGAAAAGACAAAUCGUUUCGUCGUUUUCAAGAGCAGGAGUUUGGCCAUUCGAUGAAAAUGCAAUGAAAGAUAAAGUGAUAAGACAAACAGCAAGUGAAUUAAAUAAAACUCAAAUCGAUCAAAAACCAGAGCAACUUGUUUCAUCGAAUCCACAAUUACUUCUAGCAGUAAAUACGUCUAAUUCAUUCAAUGUACCACCAGGAAUGGAUAAUUAUCGAAUGCAACAACAAGUAACAAGCACUAUGUUCUCUGAUACAACCGGCGAUACUCAACUACUAUCGAGUUAUCAACCACAUUCAUUAUCUGGCAUUGAGUCGUCCUUAGGUUUAAUGCCGGUUAAUGAGUCAAUAGAAAGUAUAAGUAUGCGCUAUUCUCAAAAUCUGAGUAAUAGUUCUAAUUCUCCUGUGGUAUUUCAUACAAUGGCAUCGUCAUCAGUAUUUAAUGAUUCAAUUCCACCCAUUUCAACAGUCACAGAUAGAUCUUCAGUAUGUACAAUAAGUCCAGUUUAUGACUAUAGUGUACCGACAUCAGUACAAAUUCCAAUUAAACGUCCAUUAAGUCCACUAUCGGCUGUUGAUGCAAUCGUCAAAAGACACUUUCAAGAAUUUCAACAAAAACAACAGCAAAUAUCUCAACAAUUAGAGGUACCAAAAAAAAAGCAAAGACCUAGUAAAAAACGUAUAGAAUCAAGAUUUGGAGAAAAUAUAACAACAUCUAACUUGUUAGCUGAGUUAAAAGAGAAGGAAAUAAAAAAAUUAGAGAAACAACAAAUAAAGACAAAAGGCAAAAAAUGUUCAACAACAGCCGCUGUUCAAACGAGCUUUUAG